AUGGCUUCAUCACUCUUUCAAGUUCAACACACGUCGUCAUCAACCUUGCCUUUCACUUCUUCUUCCUCCUCUCUCUUCACCGGCGAAUCUCAUCCCUCCACCGUUCGAACAUUAGGUUUUCUUGACCUUCCCCGCACUCGAACCGUCGCGUACAAUAGCGUGAAAUGUGAUAUGUCUGAAGCUUCGAAUUUAGUUAACGGGAAACCGAUUGUUCCGGUUCUACCCAAGUUCAUGGAAUCUGCAAAAACUGAGAAAACCGUUAAUAGAAACGGUAGCAAGUUGAAACUGUUCUCCGGUACCGCUAAUCCUGCACUCUCUCAGGAAAUUGCUCGGUAUAUGGGUUUGGAGCUUGGAAAAGUUUCAAUAAAGCGAUUUGCAGAUGGUGAAAUCUAUGUCCAGUUACAAGAGAGUGUUAGAGGUUGCAAUGUAUAUCUUAUACAACCAACAUGCCCUCCUGCAAAUGAGAAUUUCAUGGAGCUUCAGAUAAUGAUCGAUGCUUGUCGACGAGCUUCCGCCAAAAACAUCACUGCUGUCAUUCCAUAUUUUGGAUAUGCUAGAGCUGAUAGAAAGACUCAAGGGCGUGAAUCAAUUGCAGCUAAACUUGUUGCAAACCUUAUUACCAAAGCUGGGGCGGAUCGUGUCCUUGCUUGUGAUCUUCAUUCAGGGCAGUCCAUGGGUUACUUUGAUAUUCCCGUGGAUCAUGUGCAUUGUCAGCCCGUGAUCCUGGAUUAUCUUGCUAGUAAGACAAUAAGUUCAAACGACUUGGUGGUUGUUUCCCCUGAUGUUGGUGGUGUUGCAAGAGCACGUGCUUUUGCUAAGAAGUUAUCUGAUGCACCUUUGGCUAUUGUAGACAAAAGGCGUCAUGGACACAAUGUAGCUGAGGUGAUGAAUCUGAUUGGUGAUGUAAAAGGAAAAGUUGCUGUAAUGGUGGAUGAUAUGAUUGACACUGCUGGAACCAUUGCCAAGGGUGCAGCACUAUUACAUGAAGAGGGAGCUAGGGAAGUUUAUGCUUGUUGUACUCAUGGUGUAUUCAGCCCUCCUGCAAUUGAGAGGCUAUCAAGUGGCUUAUUUCAAGAGGUGAUAAUUACCAACACAAUUCCAGUUUCAGAGAAGAACUAUUUCCCUCAGUUAACUAUUCUUACCGUAGCAAACCUGUUGGGUGAAACUAUUUGGCGUAUUCAUGAUGAUAGUUCUGUCAGUAGUAUUUUUCAGUGA